AUGUUAUUUAUUUCUGUUAUGAUCUCAGCUGUUAUGUCAGCGAAUAUUGUUUUUUUUUCAUUCAAUACAAUAGAAACAAGUUGUGUCUAUCCUAUGUAAAGUGAAUUUAAUAAAAAAUUCAAUAAAAUGAUUCGAAUAAGCAUGUUACGAGUGCUAGCGCGUGCAUUUCCUGUUCGUGCCACGCAGCUUCCCUCUCGAAUAACACCGGCUGUUUCGAUAUUGACCCCACAAUUCAAUGCAUUUCAAAACCAACAAAUUCGUAACAAACACAGCAAAGACCGGAAAAAGGAAAACAAAGGUGCCGCCAAAGUACACAUCAACGAGGAGCAGCUGGCCGAAGUAAUCGACAUAGAAACACUUCGAUCUCAGAUGGAGAAAACCCUUGGCACCAUGAAGGAAGAUUACAUAAAAAAUCUGUCACUUCGUUCGGCUACCGGCGCCAUCGAAACCCUCAAAGUGACCUUCGAAGGCAAGGAAUACCAACUGCAGGAACUGGCCCAGGUGGUUAGGAAGAAUCCCAAAACGGUUGUGGUGAAUUUGGUAUCAUUUCCACAGACCAUACCAGCCGUCCUUCAGGCUAUCCAGAAGAGCGGGAUGAAUCUAAACCCGCAGCAGGACGGAACAACACUUUUCGUUCCGGUUCCGAAAGUAACACGGGAGCACCGCGAAGGGCUGGCCAAGAAUGCCAAAAGCUUGUUUAUCAAGUGUCGCGAUUCGAUCAAGGACGCCCAAAAUCAAACGAUUAAAAAGGUCAAAAAGCAGGCGAAUAUAUCGGAGGAUGUGAAUUUCCAGGUGCAGGCUCAAGUGACGGCCAUUGCCAACGGAUAUAUCAAGGAGGCGGAAAAGAUGCUAGAAAUCAAGCAGGGUGAACUGUUGGGCGAUAAAUAGGAAGUAUAUAUUAUGCUAAUGAUGAUGUGUUCAAAAUAAACUAAGAUACUGAAUAAAAAAAAGUUUCUUUUUCAUAAAGUCUAUCAUUAGAA